AUGAUUUCACGAUUGGCUGCUGCAGUUCCUGAGAUAUUGAAAUGGACGGGGAUCUCACUUGCUAUAGUGGCUGGAUUAAUAGUUAUACUCGUCUUGGGUAUCUUUUUCUUCAUUAGAUGGAGAACAUUUCGACUAGAAGCAAAGUUUAUGUUUGACUUAAUGAGUGAAGCAAAGGAGCUUGAGAUCGAUGGAAAGAAAGGCGCCAAUUUGAAAGUAUAUAAAGUGUCAUCCAUUAUGCUAGCUACAGAUAAUUUCUCAUCUGAAACUAAACUUGGAGAGGGUGGUUUUGGACCUGUUUACAAGGGUUUGUUGCCUGACGGGCAAGAGGUAGCAAUAAAGAGGCUAUCAGGAAGAUCCAAACAAGGACUAGUGGAGUUCAAGAAUGAGCUUAUAAUAGUAGCUAAAUUACAACACACCAAUAUGGUGCGGCUCUUGGGUUUCUGCAUUCAAGGGCAAGAGAAAAUAUUGGUCUACGAAUACAUGCCAAAUAAAAGCUUGGACACAUAUAUUUUUGAUGAAUCUAAAAGGAAGUUGUUUGAUUGGAACAAAUAUUUUAACAUCAUUGAAGAAAUAGCUCAAGGACUACUUUAUCUAUAUAAGUAUUCAAGACUAAGAAUAAUUCAUAGAGACUUGAAAGCCAGCAAUAUAUUACUUGACAAAAAUAUGAAUCCCAAGAUAUCUGAUUUUGGUAUGGCAAAAGUGUUUAUCACAACUCACUCUGAAGCAAAUACGAAUAGAGUUGUGGGCACACGUGGUUAUAUGGCUCCUGAAUACACUAUAGGUGGCAUCUUCUCUGAGAAAUCUGAUGUAUUCAGUUUCGGAGUUUUAGUUUUGGAGAUCAUAAGUGGUAUGAGGUGUAACAAUAAUAUCUUUUAUGAUGGUCAACCUCUCAACCUUGUUGGAUUUGCAUGGCAGUUGUGGAAGGAAGGUGUAGCCAUAAAACUAAUGAAUCCAACACUACAUGAUUCAUGUUGUGAAGAGCAAGUUUUGAAAUGCAUUAACUUGGCUUUGCUUUGUGUUGAACACAAUCCAAUGGACAGACCUAAUUUUUUGGUUGUUAUUUCUUUGUUAUUAACAAGUGAAGGUGUAAAAUUACCAGUGCCAAAACAGCCUGCAUUUUCCAUUGAAAGAAAGAUUGUUGCAGACAAUGCACUGAAGGCUGAAGCAGGCAUAAUAUUGAUAUGGGAAGUUGCAGAAGCAAUUAAUGCCGAUGGAAGAAAGUGA